AUGCUUGAGAAGUCGUUUCAGUUGCGGGAAGAGAUGGUGUCGGACGAUGGAAGCGAUACACGGAGCGAGCUCUCGGAGCGCAACUCUCGCAGGAAAGUGGAGGAUUGGCAGAGGAAGCAGAAUGAUGUUCUAAGCUCGACGAUCGGUGUGACUACACCGAACAAAACGGAUACCGGCAUUCCGAUUGAAACCACGACGACGUCCAGAAUAGAAGAAAGUCAGGGCGGCGAUUUGCAGCCGACUGGAGUCAUUUUGGACAGGGCGUUAGCAGGUAUUAAUCUUGAAGAUAGUGCUAGGGCAGUUCCGUUAGGAGGUAUGAUAGGGAGAACAUCAGAAGUCGUUAAACAUACAGGCGCUAUUAGAAAGUCAAUAUUGCCCGUUGCUCCCCCUGUGUCUUCCUCACCUAUUGUGAGCGGGAACAAAAGAUACUCUCUUGAAUUCGUUUCUCCACCUCCCCUUCUUGAUAGUUCUCUGAAUAAUCUCAAUAACAAUAACAUUACGAACUCCCCGCCUAUCUCCAGUCAAAUUAUAAGUGGACUUACGAUGUCGAACCAUGCGCGAAACGAUUUGAUCGCGAUUGAUAGUGUAAAUCAUGAUGGUACUUCUAACAGAGUGGCUGCAAAUCCGCCCGUUAGGGAAGGGCUUUUGUCAAAACGGUUCGAGCCAUUGCCUAGUAGUCAUCAAGAACUGCCGCCGGCGGUUCUUCAGUCGGAGCGAUACCAUGGGGAGAGAAUGUCAACCAUAGCAAGGCAACCAAUCCUGGAUCCAAAUAUGGGCCCUGCAUCGAACGGCAGGCCGAAUGGCUGGGGUCCAAGUCCACAACAAAUCGCAGCCAGGCAGGUAAUAUCCAAGGAUCUGCUGACAUUCACUGGAAACCCGGAAGACUGGCCUCUUUUCAUCAGCUCGUUUAUCAACUCUACCGAUGCGUGUGGGUACUCAGACGCGGAGAAUCUGGCUAGGUUGCAAAGGUGCUUGAAAGGAAAUGCGCUUGAGGCGGUGCGCAGUCGUUUACUGCUCCCGUCUUCGGUGCCCAGUGUUAUUGCUACACUAGAGACUCUUUACGGUAGACCAGAGCUACUCAUAUACACGCUGCUGCAGAAAGUACGUGGAACUCCGGCUCCGAAGCAGGAUCGGUUGGAGACUUUGAUUGGAUAUGGGAUGGCGGUGCAAAGCCUCAGCGAUCACCUAGUGGCAGGAGGACACCAAGCCCACCUCGAUAACCCGAUGCUGCUAUUCGAGUUAAUGGACAAGCUACCCGCUAGCAUGAAGCUAGACUGGUCACUGUAUAAACAAUGGUGUACGGUCGUGAAUAUACUGUCAUUCUCGCAAUACAUGGCAACCUUGGUGAGAGCAGCGACGGACGUAACUCUACACUGCGAACCGAAGCAGCCACAACAGUUGCAGCAACGCGGAGAGAAGGGUAACAAAGAUAGGAAUUUCUGUGGCGCGCAUUCCACUGAAGAGGCAACUAAAGUGCCGCGGGAAGAAGAUGUCAUCUGCAAAGACAAGACGGAGUCAUCGUGCCCCCUGUGCCUAAUCUGUAAGGACCCUAAUCAUCGAGUGAAAAACUGUACCGUGUUUGCGAGGAAAAGGUUGGACGAGCGUUGGAAACUCACGGAACUUCUGGGAUUGUGUCGUAUCUGCUUGGGUUUGCAUGGCAAGCGUCCGUGCAGAAUUCGGCAGAAGUGCGAGAUCGAUGGAUGUCAGCUUCGGCAUCAUUCCCUCUUGCAUUCGAAGCAGGGGAUAAGCGAAAGUAAGCAAGAGGAAAUGGAAUCGAAACCAGGCCCGUCUAGCGCGAUUACCAACCACCACUUUGUUGGGAAAGCGGCACUAUUUCGUAUUAUUCCGGUGGAGCUGCACGGCAAUGAUCGGUCUGUGACAGCCUACGCGUUUCUGGACGACGGAUCGGCAAAGACCUUGGUGGACGAGGAGAUCGCGAAGGAGCUGGGAGUGACUGGUGAAACGCUGCCGCUGUGUCUGCAGUGGACUGCCAACGUAAAACGAGUCGAAGCGAAUUCACAGCAAGUUGCAUUAGAAAUAUCAGGCGAAGGCGGCGAAGCUAGAUUUCCCUUGAGAGACGUACGGACGGUACGCAAGCUGGAUCUGCCACGACAAUCAUUGCGUUACUCGGAGUUAGCGCAAGUAUUUCCGUACUUACAGGGAUUGCCGAUUAAAGGAUACGAAAACGCUCUGCCUCGAAUCCUCAUCGGAAACGACAACGCGCAUGUUACAGCGAUGCUGAAGGUUCGGGAAGGCCAGCCAGGAGAACCUAUCGCAGCUAAAUCGCGACUCGGGUGGACCGUCCACGGAUCCCAAAUCGGAGGUGUUACUCACGCGCACAGCUUCCAUAUUUGUGAAUGCCGGGAUGACGAGAAGACGCUGCAGGAUCUAUUGAAGCAGUACUUUGCGGUAGAAAGCCUGGGGGUCGACAUUGUGGCAUAUCCGGAGUCGGAGGAAGUGCGACGAGCGAAGCAGAUACUGGAAAAUACCACGAAACGAGUAGGGCAACGGUUCGAGACCGGACUGUUAUGGAAGUACGAAUGUUUUGAGUUCCCGGACAGUUACGCAAUGGCGGUUCGACGACUGAAAUGUUUGGAGCGGCGUAUUAGUAGAGACCCAGUGGUUGGCGAAAGUGUUCUGCAGCAGUGGUCCGAAUAUCAGGCAAAGGGUUACGUUCAUAAAGCGACCCCGAGGGAGCUCGAGGGAGCAGAUCCGAAGCGGACGUGGUAUCUACCGCUAGGAAUCGCUAUUAAUCCUAAAAAGCCUUCGAAAAUUCGAAUAUUUUGCGACGCAGCGGCUAAAGUAGACGGCAUCUCGCUAAACACGAUGCUCUUAAAAGGACCGGACCUACUGAACACGCUAUUGGAUGUCCUCUUCGGAUUUCGAGAAAAACGAAUCGCUCUCUGCGCCGAUCUGAAGGAAAUGUUCCAUCAAAUUCAGAUUCGGCCGGAAGAUCGCCACUCUCAACGUUUGCUAUGGAGAGAAGAUUCAACUAAAUCGCCGGACGUGUACCUUAUGGAUGUCGCGACGUUCGGAGCAGCAUGUUCACCCUGUUCGGCACAGUUUGUUAAGAACCGAAACGCCAAGGAGCAUUCGUUGAAGUAUCCGAAAGCGGCUGAUGCCAUAGUACGGAAGCACUACGUGGAUGAUUAUCUCGACAGCGCGGACACGAUCGAGGAAGCAGUGAAGAUAGCAUUGGAAGUCAGGCAUGUUCACUCCCUCGGGGGAUUCCACUUGCGAAAUUGGCUGUCAAAUUCCAAAGAGGUUCUUGAACGGGUCGGGGAGAACGAUACAGCAAUUCAAAAGAGUCUCCAGUUAGACAGCAGAAGCGCUACAGAACGAGUGCUAGGCAUGUUUUGGAAACCGGAGGAAGAUGUGUUCACCUUUUCGACGAAGCUAGCGAUUGAAACGCAGCAUCCUACGAAGCGGCAAGCAUUGCGCGUCGUGAUGAGUCCGUUCGACCCAGCCGGGUUAUUAUGCUUCUACCUUGUUCACGGAAAAAUUCUAAUCCAGAAGCUAUGGAGAGCGAAGACCGAUUGGGAUCAGCAGAUACCGAUAGCACUGAAGGAAAAUUGGACGCGCUGGACAGACUUGUUUCAACACCUCGGAGAAGUUCGAGUACCUCGCUGUUAUUUUCCGCAUCAUGCGCUCGAAGAUCUUAUCGAGCUGCAACUGCACAUUUUCGUCGAUGCCAGUGAAGAAGCGUACGCAUGCGUAGCGUAUUUCCGGGCGGAGUUUCCAGGUGGAGUAGAGCUAGCGUUAGUUGGAGGGAAAUCAAAAGUAGCGCCUCUGAAUACAGUAUCGAUCCCACGACUCGAACUGAUGGCUGCAACGAUUGGAGUACGGUUCCUGAAAUCCACUCGGAACGGGCAUUCGCUAAAAAUCGACAAAGCGGUUUUAUGGAGUGACUCCAAGACUGUGCUGGCAUGGAUAAAUGCAGAUCAUAGGAACUAUCGACAGUUCGUCGCAUGUCGCGUGGGUGAAAUACUAUCUAAGUCGGACGUUGAGCAAUGGCGAUGGGUGCCGACUAAGGAAAACCCGGCCGAUUUGGCCACUAAGUGGGGAAAAGGUCCCUGCUUAUCUCCUAGUGGCUUAUGGUUUAGAGGACCAGCUUUCUUGUGUUUGCCGGAAGACAAAUGGCCCAAUGAAGUGAAGCCGUCAAAACAGACGACGGAGGAAGAGUUGCGGUUAUGUCUCGUGCAUACGGAGACGACUGUGGAUUUGGUGAUCGACUGGGCGCGCUUCUCCAAUUGGACACGUUUACUACGUUCUGUGGCAUUUGCUCUCCGAUUUUCCCAAAAUCUACGGAAAAAGGUGAAGAAGCAGGCGACGACGGCUGGACCGUUGACACAGCAAGAGCUGGUGCUAGCGGAGCUGGUUAUAUUCCGCAUGGUGCAAAGCGAGCAAUAUUCCGACGAAGUAGCCGUCUUACACAAGGAGCGAAAUCAGCAGAUGAUGCCGAGUUCAGCAAGUUUGGAGCGUACGAGUAAGAUCCGAAAUUUGACGCCGUACAUAGACGACGACGGAGUGCUUCGGUCGGAAUCCAGAAUCUCCGCUGCGACGUUCGUGUCACAUGAUACCAGAUUUCCGAUAAUCCUUCCGAAGGAACACUUAGUGACCCGACUGCUAAUACAAUGGUAUCAUCGGAGAUUCCUACACGCAAACGGGGAGACGGUAGUGAAUGAAGUUAGACAACGCUUCCAUGUGCCGGCCCUUCGUGCUCAGGUGCGCAAAGCGGCAAAAUCUUGUCAUGAGUGCAAAGUGAAGAAGGCGGUUCCAGAAGUUCCCCGAAUGGCUCCACUUCCUGCGGCGAGACUAAAACCGUACGAGCGUCCAUUUUCUUACGUGGGCCUCGACUACUUCGGACCGAUCGCAGUUCGGGUAAACAGGAGCACGGUGAAGAGAUGGAUAGCAUUGUUUACUUGCCUUACCACGCGUGCCGUUCAUCUGGAGAUAGCCCAUUCGCUUUCUACCGAGUCUUGCAAGCAAGCUGUGCGACGGUUUAUCGGUCGCAGGGGCUCGCCAGUAGAGAUCCGCAGCGAUAGAGGAACGAACUUUGUGGGGCGAAUAAUGAACUGCGUAAGGAGAUGUCCGCGAUGA